AUGGAAGAUCCCAACAAUGAUUAUUCAACCACAACACCAGCAUCACCGUAUGAAAAUUCACCAAAUUGUUUUGUGGAUGAAUACGAUGAAAUUGAUGAUUUUAACGAAUUGAAUCAUCACGAUCCAUCGAAUCUUCCUGUCAUUACUGCCUUUUCCUUCUCUCCGAAAAUUCAAAAACCAUCUCUGAUCCUCGAUCAACCUUCUCUGAAAAAAGAAGAUGACGCUCGUAUCAUGAUGACCAUGGGUGACCAAGAAGAACAGUUGUCAUUGGACCAUCAUGACUCCAACAAGGACACUGCUUGUUCCGAAAGAAAUUUCAAAGAAAUUCUCACUGUGAAUGUUUCUUCUGCUAUAGAGGAGAAUAUGAUACCACUACUACUCGAUGCAUCGAUUACAAAAUCCACCAACCAAGUCAAUGCACACCAAGAUUCUUGGAAUCAAAAAUUGAAAUAUCAUGACUUUUUAAUUGUAGAAUUGGGAGAGGAUUAUGGAUUUAUGAAAAUGGCACUACCAAGAGAACGAUAUGAACCAGUUUAUGAAAAUGUGAGAACUGGAAAGAUUCAAGUAUUAGGAAAGGGAGCUUUUGGUAUUGUUAUUGCAUGUCAUGACAAACAAAACAACAAUGCCAAGGUAGCUGUCAAGAAAUGUAUCAAUGCGCUCAAUGUGGUUCCAUGGAAUAUUAUUCGAGAAAUUGAAUGUAUGAAACAUUUGAGAGGUCAUCGAAACAUCAUUGAACUCAUUGAUGUUUACAUUGAAUAUAAUUCAUUUGAUAAGGAAUCGUCUGAUAUUUAUAUCGUGACAGAAUUGUGUGAAAAAACAUUAUGGGAAUAUUUGAACGAAAAAACAUUCCCUCAAACUCCAUUGUAUGAAUAUGAAGUCAAAAACUUUAUGUCUCAAUUACUUUCGUGCUGUGUCUAUAUGCACAGUGCAUCCAUUCUUCAUAGAGAUAUCAAACCCGAGAAUUUGCUCAUGAAAGGCGAAAUUCUCAAGUUGAUUGAUUUUGGGAGUGCAACCAUGUGUCGAGAACAACAACAGGUAGAACAUUUGGAAUCUGUUUAUGUGGUCACAAAAUGUUAUCGACCACCAGAAGUCGUGUUGACAUCGGAAGAACAAUCACCUGCAAUUGAUUUGUGGUCCAUUGGAUGUGUAUUUGCUGAAUUAUUAUUCUUACUGGAAGAUCCUCCUUCAAGACAACCAUUAUUCUAUGUGAAAAAUCCUGGAGUGGUAGGAACGAGAGAGCACUUGAUGAAAAUUGUUGCAAUAUGUGGCAAACCUUCCACUCAAGAUAUGCUUGGCUCCCUGAAAGGAAAAGAGUACUUUCAAACACUACUCAACAAGACGAAUCAACCAAAAAUUCCAUUAGAUGCAAUUUUUGCCAAUGCCAGUCCUGAAGCUCUGGAUUUAUUAAGCAAAUUAUUGACAUUUAAUCCUGCAAAAAGAAUUACACCUGAAGCAGCAUUGAGACAUCCAUAUCUGAAAGGAAAUCGAUACAUUGAUACUAAUAAUUGUGAUGAAGAGUUUCAGAUUAAGCUAUUGUUGGAUGACGUGACGAUUGUAGACCGCAAAGAAUCCGAUCGUUGGAAGCUACCCCAAUGGAAGAAAUGUUUUAAGGAGUUACUUGUUGAUUGGGGUAACGAAUUAGCUAGUAAUCCAAUAAAUAAAACAGAGUAA